CCCAAGCCAGUCCAGGCAGUCAGUGACUCGGCUCGGCAGUGGACACACCAGGCAGGAGCUGCUCGUCUCUCUCCCAGGACUGUCCCAGGACAUUGCCGAGGCCUUGCUCAGGACGACAGGGACCCUUUGUGCACCGCCACUGCAAACAUGGCGCCUCACGCUGACGUUGGCGAGGACCUCCAGGGGAUGCAGCAGCUGCGCGACUGGCUGCAGAGGCAGCCCCACCUGCCCCCGAUGCCAGACAAACUGAUGGCCAGGAUGCUGCACAGCUGUUACGGCAGCGUGGAGCGCACCAAGACCACCGUGGACAACUACAUGACCAUCACCACCCACGCCCCGGAAGUGUUCGGCAACCGGGCGGCGCUCGACCGCCGCUACAAGUCGCAGAUCGACAUCAUGUACGUGUGCUCGCUCAAGGGGCACACCAAGGAGGGCUUCUCGCCCAUGCUCAUCAAGUUCCAGGACACGGACCCCGCCAAGUUCGAGAUGACGAGCGCGGUGCACGCGGGCCUCAUGUCGUUCUGCGUGCAGAUGGAGAUAGACGACCGCGUGCCCGGCUACGUCGUCCUGCUGGACUUCACCGGCGUCACCAUGUCCCACAUCAUGAAGGUGUCCCUCACCACCCUCAAGCAACUGCUGGUCUUCGUGCAGGAAGGACUCCCCGUCAGACUGCGCGGCAUCCACUUCAUCAACGCCCAGGCGAUCGUGCAGCAAAUCGUGAACCUGGUCAAGCCCCUCAUGAAGAAGGAGCUUCUUGAUAUAUUCAAAGUGCACACCGUCGACGACAUGCCCGAGUUCUACGAGAAGUACGUCCCCCUCAGCGCCAUGCCCUCCGACUACGGCGGCCAGGACAAGUCGUGCAAGGAGCUGCACGGAGAGAUGAAGCGGUGCAUUGAGGACAACAGGGACUACCUGAAGAUGCUGGACAGCCUGGUGGUAGACGAGACCAAGAGGCCCGGCAAGUCCAAGAGCUCCUCCGAGGUGUUCGGCAUCCAGGGCUCCUUCAAGAAGCUCGACCUUGAUUGAACCUAGUUCCUCCUCCUACACUGUAAAAAUAAAUCUCCGGAAUUUGCGACGGCUCCUCUCGGAAGACUGUUUGUCGAAGGAACUCUCAUAAAUUCACGAAGAUUUUUGGGAUAUUGACAAAGAUUCCUCGUUGAUUUCCAUUUUUUUUGUUACAGUGUACUUUGUGAUAUUAUUAUGUUGUUUAAAAUUGUAAAUGUUAACAAAAAUAGCAUCUUCAUGAGUCGUGGGUCACUUUUUGAAUAAAUUCCACUUGUACAUAA